CCUCAGUUCGUAGAAAGUGACGAUGACGAGGAGCUUCUGUUUAACAUCCCGUUUACGGGCAACGUGAAGUUAAAAGGAGUAAUUGUGAUGGGAGAAGACGAUGAUACGCAUCCAGCAGAGAUGAGGCUGUUCAGGAACAUUCCUCACAUGUCCUUUGAUGAUGCAGCCAGGGAACCGGACCAGACGUUCAGCCUGAACCGGGAUCCGACGGGCGAGCUGGAGUACGCCACCAAAAUUGCCCGUUUCUCCAACGUUUACCACCUCUCCAUCCACUUUCCGAAGAACUUUGGAGCAGAGACAACGAAGAUCUUUUAUAUAGGUCUGAAGGGAGAGUGGACAGAGGCUCAUCGCCACGAAGUCACCAUCUGCAAUUACGAAGCAUCAGCAAACCCAGCUGAUCACAAGUUGGAACAAAUCACCCCACAGACUCACUUCAUCUCCUAA